AUGACCUUUAUAAUGCUUCCUGAUGACAUGGUUUUGAACUGUUUAGCCCGCGUCUCGAGAUUGUACUAUCCUAUUCUUUCUUUAGUUUCCAGGAGAUUUCGUUCUCUCCUUACUUCACUUGAGCUUUACCAAACUCGAACUCUCUUAGGCUGCACCGAGAGUUGUCUCUAUGUGUGUAUAGAGUCCCAUGACGACUGCAAUAGAACACGUUUGUUCACUCUCUGCCGGAGACCGACUCAAAACACUGCUCCUAACCCUACUCUAUGCAUUAAACCAAAUAAAUUUCUAACAAAGAAAGAGAAAAGGUCAAGAGACAAAAAUCUUUUGGUUUUCGUCGCAACCCAUAAAUUUUCUUAUACGAAUUGGUGGGAUUGUCAUCUAAUCGCAGUUGGGUGUAAUGUGUACCAAGUUAGCCAUUACACCCUAUCUCGUGUUAAGUUCAUGGACUGUCGGAAUCACACUUGGCACAAGGCUCCAAGCAUGUCGGUGGUUCGAGGUUACCCUAAUGUGAGUGUUCUUGAUGGAAAAAUAUAUGUAGCAGGAGGUUUGGGAGAUUAUGAUUCCUCGAAUUGGAUCGAGUGUUUCGAUCCCAAAACCAAGUCAUGGGAGCAUGUGCCAAGCCCUGCCGCGGAACUACAAGAGGAUUUUUUUUUGGAUAGCUUAGCCAUUGAUGGAAAGCUUUACAUCUCUGGGUCUGAAAAAAAGAGUAAUAUGGUUUACAAGCUGAAGGAAAAUAAAUGGGAUGUUGUAGGAUUAACGAAUACGGGUUGGAUUACCAGUUAUUCUUGCGUCAUCGAUAAUAUAUUGUUCGGUUAUGGAUGGUCGGAAAAGCUGGAAUGGUACGAUUUUGAUGGAGGAUCUUGGAAAGCUUUGAAGGGUUUGAAAAAACUGCUUAAAUUACUAAAAGAUCACAAUCGUAUUAGAUUAGAGAAUUUUGGAGGAAAGCUUGCGGUUUUGUGGGAUAAGGAUGUGCACGAAGAGAAGGUGAUUUGGUGUGCUGAGAUUGCUUUAGAAAAGCGCAAUGAACAUGAGAUCCACGGUAAGGUUGAGUGGUGUAGUGUCGUGCUUACAGUCCCCAUAUCUUGUAAGUUUUUGUUAUCAUUUAUUGUUACUGUUUGAUGCAUCAACACAUUAUUAACUACUAUUCCCUUGCUACAACUAAUGGCAGUUCUUGAAAUCGGAAUCAUGACUGAUCUUUAUUUGAUUAGC